AUGUCUCGACCGAGGGCGGAUACUGCCCCAAAAGAACCCCAUUCGGUAUCACUAAAAGUUCUGAGACUGUCUCGACCUACGCUCGCCUUCCAGCAUCCACUCCCCGCAGAGACGACUCAAUCAUUUCCCAUCUCGCCUACGGCCUCUCUCGCCUAUCCAUCUAAGGAACAGCCCGACCAGACAUUCAUCCUCAGCCACAACCUGUCUCUACCGCCUUCAUUCGGCUCUGCUUACGUGGGCGAAACUUUUUCAUGCUCCCUGUGCGCCAAUAAUGAAUUGCCGUCAGAUCCCAACUCCGGCAAAUCCGUGUCCAACAUCAAGAUUCUGGCUGAGAUGCAGACACCCUCCUCGUCCAUCCCAUUAACGCUCAGCACACCUCCUACCAGCCAGCCAACAUCACCUCACCUUCCUGGCUCCACCCUACAGCACAUCAUCACCUUCCCCUUGAAAGAGGAAGGCACUCAUGUCCUUGCCGCGUCAGUUUCCUAUACAGAAACGACCCUCACGCCCGCCCCAGACCCAAGCGUUGCACCCAUUCCUACUUCGUCUCGUGCCCGAUCCUUCCGCAAACUCUACCAGUUCCCUACCGUCCCGUGCCUCAGCGUCCGCACAAAGGCAACUGAGCUUCCCAGCAUCAGCGUGCCUGAUAAGACCGGCGGACCCUAUGGCCGCAUGCCGCUACUGCGGUACACGCUGGAGGCCCAGCUGGAGAAUGUGAGCGAUGCCUCGAUCGUGCUCGAGGAAGCGGCGUUGCAUGCCAAAGCGCCUUUCAAAGCGGAGGGCCUGAAUUGGGACUUUGAGGCUUCACCAUCAUCGGAGUCGUCAAGUCCGGCCUCAGGCUCCGAGAGUGGUUCAGGCGACGAGGAAAAGCCGGAAGUCGAAAAGCCGAUACUGGCGCCGAGAGACGUGCAUCAAUUGUCCUAUCUGCUGACGCAGCAACAGCAUGUGGCAGAGGGAACGGAAGAAUUGAAGAUGAUGUUGAAACGGGAUGGGAGGGCAGUACUGGGCCAGUUGAGCAUCAGCUGGAGAGGCGUCAUGGGUGAGAAGGGGACUUUGACGACAGGGAAUCUCUUGUCGCGGCGGAGGCCGUAG